AUUUUGAUAGUUUGAGCGGAAGUGGACUCAAAUCCACUUGACUUGAUGAAAAGGCUGGUUCUCCAUCCUAUCCAUCCGCGCCGGGUCAGAGAAUCAGGCUGGCUGGUGUCAGAACAUGCUGGCUGACAGAUGGUACCAUUUGUUCGUCUCCUUACUGGGUCGGACCGUUCAGUGAUCAUCAUCCAGGUUCGGAGCGGUUCUGUCUUUGCAGCAUGAAUGACAGGACGGUUCGGCAGCAGAGUUCGGGCAGCAGCAGUGAGUGGGACAUGGCCAACGACGUCUUCGUGACCGGCUACGACGACCACGCUUCAGGAGAGGUGUUCGAUUCUGGGCUCUGCUCGGAUGGACACCUCCCUCUCAGGAGAGCGGACUCGGAACCGCUGUCCCAGGACUGCUUGAUGCUGGGCCUGCCUGGGCCGGAUUAUCCUGACCCAUCGUUCCUGAACAUCGAACCAGACUUCACGGAUGCCGAGCGGAACCUGUCGGAGAGGCGGAUUCUGUCCAACAGCUCCAGACACCGCGGGGAGAUCGUCACGGAACUGGGACCGGAGGAGAUCCGCUGGUUCUACAAAGAGGACAAACGAACCUGGAAGCCGUUUGCUGGAACCGACUCUUUAAAAAUCGAGCGGCUCUACCGGAGACGGACAGAACAGCUGGAUCCAGGAUCGGACCCGGCGGGAGGUGAUGGGGAGCAGAACCCGGUACCAGAGGAGGUGAAAAGUCCGAGUGAUGUGAAGGCGGAGGCGGUCUGUGUUCGGGGAGGACUGUAUGAGGUCCACAUCCGGGAGAAGGAGUGCUGCCCUGUUUACUGGAACCAGCAAGAAAGCAUCCCAGUGAUGAGAGGACAGUGGUUUGUUGAUGGAACGUGGCUCCCCCUAGAGGAGGAAGACAGUAACCCCAUCGAGAUGGAGCACCUGUCACAUUUCAGGGGGCAACAGAUGAGGGAUGUCAGUGAAGUGGAGACAGCGCCCUCUACAGUGGACAGCAAGGAUGCGGUUUACAGUCUGAAGCUGAGCAGGAGUCACGUGGACUGGCACAGCGUGGAUGAGGUGUACCUGUACAGCGAUGCCACCACCUCCAAGAUUGCCCGUACUGUCACCCAAAAGCUGGGUUUCUCCAAAGCCUCCAGCAGUGGAACUCGUCUCCGUCGAGGAUAUUUUGAAGAAGCAGUGCCUGAGGAAACCCCCUCUGAAACCACCCACAUUGUCUUUGUGGUGCACGGCAUUGGCCAAAAGAUGGACCAGGGCCGCAUCAUCAGGAACACCAGCAUGAUGAGAGACGCUGCCAGAAAGAUGGAGGAGAGACAUUUUCCUGAUCGCACCACAGAGCAUGUGGAGUUCCUUCCUGUGGAAUGGAGGUCAAAACUGUAUCUGGAUGGGGAUACAGUGGACUCUAUCACUCCUGACAAAGUACGAGGUAUCAGAGACAUGCUGAACAGCAGUGCCAUGGACAUCAUGUACUAUACCAGUCCUCUGUACAGAGAUGAAAUCACCAGGGGUUUGACUCAGGAAUUGAACCGCCUCUAUUCGCUCUUCUGCUCGCGGAAUCCAGACUUUGAGAAAAACGGAAAGGUGUCCAUCGUGGCGCACUCACUGGGCUGCGUCAUCACUUUCGACAUCAUGACUGGCUGGGACCCGGUCCGCUUUCAUCAUCAACAAAUGCUGGAUCCGGAGAAGACGAAGAUCCGCUGGCCUAGUGAAGAGGAGCGCCAACUUCAGGAGCAGCUCAGGGUCCUGCGUCUCAGGUUGAGGGACUUGGAAGAUCAGUUCCGAGGUCUCCAGACCUCAUCUUCUGUUGCAGUGCCAGCCUUAAAAUUCAAGGUUGAAAACUUCUUCUGCAUGGGCUCUCCUUUGGCUGUUUUCUUGGCACUUCGCGGGAUCCGGCCCGGAAAUAACACCAUGCAGGACCACAUCCUCUCCACGUCUAUCUGUAAACGCCUCUUCAACCUGUUCCACCCCACAGACCCGGUGGCAUACAGGCUGGAGCCACUCAUCCUGAAACAUUACAGCAACAUCGCUCCUGUUCAGAUCGACUGGUACAACACCACAAGCCCGACCCUUUACAACCAGAUCCGUCCCACUCGUCUGAACCUGAUGAAGGACACCAGCUUCGUCUCAGAGGCAGAACUCAUCACCAGCCCAUGCACCUCCCCGCCACAAACCAAACGACCCUACGGAGAGUCUAUCACCAGCCUGGGCAAGGCCAGCAUCAUGGGUGCUGCCAGUAUUGGAAAAGGAAUCGGUGGAAUCCUGUUUUCCCGCUUUUCCCGCUCCAGUGGCCAGGUUGGGGGUGUAGAGGAGGAGCCAUCAGACUCGGAGGGAGGAGUCUGUGAGGUGGAAAACCUGGUAUCAGGAGAAAACGGGGAGGUGGCGGUUGAGAGUGGGGAAACAGAGAAGCAGGCAGAGGAGGAGGUGGAGGACGGUGAGCCCAGCAUCCCUCAGUCUACUUCGGUUGCAGUGGACAACAGCUCCUUGGAGCUGGAGAGACGCAUCGACUUUGAGCUUCGGGAAGGUCUGGUGGAGAACCGCUAUUGGUCAGCAGUGACGUCCCAUACAGCCUAUUGGUGCUCGUACGACGUGGCUUUAUUUCUCCUCACCUUCAUGUACAGACCUCAAGAGCUACCUGAAUCUGUAGAAGACCACCAGGAUGCCUCAUAGCUGCAUUGGUCACAUGAUCCCCACUCAACAGCUUUCAGCUUCACCUCAAAGGGGUUCAGUCCAAUUGGUUUUGGAACAGUCGUCAUGAUUUACAAGAUCAGACCAUGAAGAACAGCUGUGGUCUUUGCGGUUUUUAACUGUAUAACCCAAAAUUAAACUGACCAACCAACACAAUUCUGUAAAAAGCUACUCCCCAACUGUAGUGGUGGCCCUGGUUUCUGGAGUCUACAUCAGAGAUUGUGGACUGAACUGGAUGAAACUGGACCAAAUUGACCUCAAAUGGACUGAAAGAAUCUGAAAAGUGAGUGCAGUGGUUCGUUCCUGCAUGAAGAAAUAAUGUUUGGGCUGCACCAUUACUGUGACCUCAUACAGUAAGAGAUGUACUGAGGUUUUUUAAAAGUAAUUCAGCGAUCGUUGCCAUUUUGGUCAAAAGGAAAAUCACCAAAAAGGAAUUGAAACAAGUUUGAGGACUGUUGAAAACCAACCAUUUAAGCCAAUAUUUAAUAUUAAAUAUAUCAUAAAAAUAAUAAGGAUGAUAAAAUCCAUCCAUCUUCUUAACCCACUUAAUCCCUUUCGGUGUCACUAGGUUGCUGGAGCCUAUCCCAGCUACUGUACACCCUGGACUGGAUGGCAAUCUGUUGCAGGACGCUUUUAAUAAAAUGCUGUGGAUAUUUUAUUAAACCACAGAUGUAAAUAAAGAAUACAACAGGUAGAAACUUUAUUAUAUUUGGAGCAAACUGAGACUGGCUUGCCCCUUACUGGUGAACAGACUUGCUUGUAGCUACUUUCUAUUCUAACUGAGCUUCAAACCGGAAGUCAAAGAACCUCCCCUUGGCAGUGAUACAGGUACACAGGUUUGGCUUCAAACAGAUGAGGCUUCAUAGGGCGGACUUUUUUCUGGUUUGAUGAAAGCUGAUCUCCAAACAUGUUCUCAACUCAGAGAAUAACAUCACUUCACCAUCCAGCAACCGGCCUGCUUCAUUUCUUGAUGAUUGUUUCAGGUAAAAAUGUCAAAUAGCAUCUAAUCUGUAGACUUUUAUAUCCACUUUUCCCUAAAACUUUCAUCUCUUUUGUGUUUCACUUUGCAAUCCUUUGACUUUCUCCUGUCAUUGUAGAGGCUGGAACCUUUGGUCAGUCUUCUUCACAUUUGAUGAUGUUUGUACAAAAACAAUAGAAAUCUGUGAAUUUUCAUUUGUUCUUGGUGUUAUUUGUAGUUAUCCAACCUCUGUGCAUUUUUCUGUCAUUUUGUGUAUGAAUAAGGAAGCAUUUGAAGAUAUUGUGGCACAUAAAAGGGUAAAAACACAAA